GACUGUUCUGUUAAUCAAGUAUGUUGUCAUUCGAAAUGUGUUCAAGAAAACCGCUGCAUCGGUGAAAGAUGUGUGCUUAACUCCCACUGUCGCGCUAAUCAAGCAUGUUGCAACUCAGUGUGUGUUUCCGGGAAAAGCUGCACCGGACGAAGCUGUUCGAUGGACUCGGAUUGUUCUGCUAACCAAGUUUGCUGUCAUUCAAAAUGUGUUCAAGGGAAGCAGUUGUUUAGGUCAAAGAUGCACGUUUGACUCCGAUUGUUCCGCUAAUCAAGCAUGUUGUAAUUCAAAAUGCAUCACAGGGAAAAACUGUCUCCGACAAAGUUGUGAUUUUAACUCCGACUGUUCCAGUGGACAAUCUUGUUGUAGUGCCAACUGCACUAAUGGUUUAACUUGCAUCGGUAAAUCCUGCAUCAGCGACAAAAACUGUCAAGCAACAGAGAUUUGCUGUCGAGGAACCUGUUCAAUUGUUGGCUGUAAAGACUCUGGACUUGUUGGAUACAUUGUUGGGCCGAUAGCUGCAUUUCUAGUCAUUCUUCUCAUCAUAGCGAUAUUCUUUCUCUAUCGACAACGAAAUGCGAAAAGAAGACAACUCAUGUCUAGCGAUCAGACAUCAAAUAUCACUGCACCCAAACUGCACGACACAGAAGUCACCAGUAGCAUCACUGGGCAGGAUAAUCCACUCUACCAAUUGCAGAGGCCACCAUCAGAUCAACAAACUGAACACCUGAACACAGAAAGAAUACAGCUUCCCCAGUAUACAUGAUUACAGAUGAGACAAAGAAACUUCCGCAAUCAUAUUUAAUAGAGCCGGAAAGGUGUGAUAUUAAGAGAACGUAGAGUCAUAGUUUCUUCUAUGAAGAUCGUUGCACUUUUUGCACUUUUUGACUAUAUGUUUAUUUUUGUCAGGAUUAUCGGCGGAUGCUCCGACGACGUUGAUUGCGGUAGUGGGGUCUGCUGCGGAACGGGGUCUUGGUUUGAUGGCGUGUGUCGUCUUGAAAGUUGCUUCAAUCAUUUUUGCCGCACGGAUAACGAAUGCGCUAAUCAGAAAGACAGAUUGAUAUGUUGUGGAAACAGAUGUGUGUUUGGGAGUAAUUGCGCCAGCCGAAGCUGUUCGAUGGAUUCUGACUGUUCCGCUAAUCAAGCAUGCUGUCAGUCGAAAUGUUUACGGAGAAGUAGCUGCUUCGGUCAAAGAUGCACUUUCGACUCCGAUUGUUCCGCUAACCAAGCAUGUUGUAAUUCAAAAUGCAUUAAAGGGAACGACUGCUUCGGACAACGUUGUAAUUGUAACUCCGACUUUUCCAGUGGUCAAUCUUGCGGUAGUGGCAACUGCAAGGACGGUUUAACUUGCAUCGGUAAAUCCUGCAUCAGCGAGACAAACUGUAAAGCAACAGAAGUUUGCUGUAGAGGAACCUGUUCAAGUGAUUGUAAACAUGUUGAAUACAUUGUUUGGCCGAUAGCUGCAUUUCUAGCCGUUGUCUUUCUGAUCAUAGUGAUAUUACUCAUCUAUCGACGACGGCAAGCGAAAAGACGACAUCCAACGACUAGAGGUAUAACAUCAAAUAUUGCUGCCCCCACGGACAACACGGGAGUCACCAGUAGCAUUCUUGAAGAAGAUUAUCCCUUCUACCAGCCACAAGGGCCAACUUUCGACCAACAAUUUGAAAAUUUCUCAGAAAAUGAACAGCUCCUACAGUGCUGAUCACAUUCAAACUCACUGGCCGCUAUCGCGUUGAGCUGAACGUGCUGGUUGGAAUCUGGAAUCCUGGAAUUGGAAAUCCGGAAUACAGCUUAAGGAGUCAAGAAUCCAAAUUCCACUGACAAAUACCGGAAUCCAGAAUCCCAGCCCGUCUUGGAUUCGCUUUCACGGGGCGACAUAUCUAUGGUGCUGACAAAUUGACGUGUCCUCUCGUCUCGCGGACUAGAUUUUGUUAGCUUUGUUUCGUUGCAUGGCGUACUUGUAUGUAAACAAGUCAAGCUAAGAACUAGUUUUGCAUCAGAUAACAACAACCAGUUUUCACAAGAAAAAAAUGUCGGCUGAAAAAACAUUACAAAAAGGUUGUAUGUAUUUUUAAGAAGCAGAUAAAUGAAAUGUAAUCUUAGUUAAACUGAGUAAAGCUAGAUUAUACAAGUUUUACUUAAGGCCAAAUAAAACAAACACUAAAUGAAUUUAUGGUCACACUCAAAAGAACACGUUGACAGACUUUUCUUCAUCUCGAUUAAGGUGUCUGAACACAGUUUUGCGGGCUGUCAGCGGUAACUCGCGUGACAGCGCGUGUUUUAAAUUAGACAAAUAAACAUAGCGGCGAAAAAAGCAAUGGUACACAGAAGACGAUUUCUCAAAAUCUACUCAUUAACAUUUUGCGACAAUUGACAGAAUUUUUACUUUUAUCGCAUUUUAAAUAAUGAGACCUUUACUUUAAAAUGGAAGUUGAACAGACAAUUUUUGUGACACAUUUGGUAAUUACAGUACAAUUAUAUUACUGAUUAUCUAAAAACCUGUCUCUUAAAAUUUGGUCAAAUAAGUUUCAAAUAGUAAUGAUUAAUUAUAGUAAGCUGUGUGCAAGUUAAUAGGAAAAUCUAAUUAGCGAAUUUUAUGUAAACUCAGCAAAAGGGAAAUUUUAAGGCUGUAUUCAAUCGUUCAUGUUGCCAUGGAAACUACAAAACGUCAAAUUUUACCUGUCAAUCAAAAUCAGAAUUGAAUAGAAUUAGAUGAGUAGAUUUAGAAUUAAUUAUUGUUAUUAACUAGGAGUAAUCGGAGCUUAGGAGAGUGCGUUCGAUAUGUUUGUUUGGUGUACAGGUAGCAGUUGAGGGGGAAGAGUGGAUGGUUCUCACGAUAGAUAAAUAUGAUUAUGGCAUAUUUUGAAUGCAAGGAUGUGAUUACGUACAGCGAAACCUCUAUUUAAACUGCGUUUCAUUACGAAAAGCUUUUGAAGGCUUGUGAUAUCGUAUGGUUCGUCUCAAGUGCUUGUAAUUUGAGGAGACAGUAAACUGACCAGAGUGGACCCAGAGUGCGUCGGGCGAGUAAAUUUAUAGAAAGUACAAAAGAUGUUCUACAGGGCGCAGUUGUUUGAAGGCCUGAUUAGCGUUUAACCCGGGUUUCUUUUUCUUUUGUUAGUGGACAAAAAUGAAACCGUUACUGGCAAGUCUUCUUAACUUGUGUUGAUAUUAAAGACCCAAGCCCACAUUUUUUGGGAUGAACGCUGGAGCACAAUGAAUUGUGUUUGGACAGUGGUUCACUUACGCUACACCUCUCACACGUUUCAAGGGAAUCAUCAAAGACUUCAGUGGAAUGUGUGUGCGGCUCACGUCAAUAACUUUUUUAGUAAUUUAAUAAAGUGUGUUGAUUUCAGUGACUUGAGUGUGACGCUACUGUAGGCUGGUCUAUAAGUUUUUCCGAAUAGAUAACAUAGAGCAAAAAUGUUCGUUUGUCCGGUGCCGAAAAUAUCACUAGUCAUGAUGAAGUGGCGCCGCCGACCUUUACAUCGCUGUAGAUUUACUUUGUGGCACAACGGCCGCCGAGCUUCACAUCGCAGUAGAUUUACUUUGUGGCACAACGGCCGCCGACCUUUACAUCGCAGUAGAUUUACUUUGUGGCAAAACGGCCGCCGAGCUACACAACUCGGUAGAUUUACUUUGUGGCACAACGGUCGCCGAGCUAAACAACCCGGUUUCAUUCAUGCAUGCACCAGCAGUCGCACACAUUUUCAAAAGACAAUUUUUAAAGAUUCAAUAAACACACAUCGAUUGUAGACCUUCAGGAAAUUCUUGAGAUAUGUACGCGUUACAAAGACAAAUAGCAGACCUCAGAAAACGUUUGAAAAAUGAACGCCGAGAACACUCGAAUCACCACGUGAGUUAGCGCGUCAAAGUGAGGCAAAACGUAAGCAAUCGCCUCAAAGCGAGGCAAAUGUGUGUCGACACAAAUGCAGUCUCAAAAAAAACCUCCCUUAUUAAUUACACAGGACACCCAGUAAUAAUACAGAACAACCAACACAAAUUAGGGGUUGCGUUCUCGUACCUCGAACGCAAAUAUAUUCAUAAUAAACCACCUACAUAUGAAUGUAAAAAAUAAGCACACUAACAAAACCAAAUAAUACUUUAUAACAUACCCUAACAAAUCUGAGGUUCAUGAAAAAGCAUACAGACAUUUCAAACGACUAUGCAAAAUUUAUGAGAUUCUAAAUCGAUGAUAUUUUCAAGUAGCUGAAAUGUUUCCGCCAUUCCCUGCUAGCAGAGGUCUCUAAAGACGAGGCAAAAAUGAGAGAAAGGAGAGAGAGUCUUCCCUUUCUCUCAUUUUUGCAUCGUCGUGAGAGACCUUUGCUAGCAGGUAAUUUCCGCCAAAGCAAUAUCAGGAAUUAGGCCUGUAGCUAUAUCAAAAGCCGUUCUUUCAAUACCGGGUAAUGGUUGACAUGGAAACGAGAGCAAUUUGCUGACUCAUAGACUUUCUAUUUUUGCGGUCAAUGAGGGGGGUUUAACGCUCUAACAAUUUCAUUUUGUAUCUUUAUCUCCUUUCAAGAAUUAUGAGAUUUUUCUAAUCAUAUGAAAAACUAGAAUAAAGUUAAGUGUUUGAUAUCAAUCCCAACUACUAUUCUAUAAAGUACUAAACUAAGAAGCCGCUAGGGUGAGUGCUGUACAUUGUCUUAAAAAGUGGUUUAUAUUUCUGCAAGUAAGGAACGCGGAUGAACGUGGCUCUGACGUCAGAAAAAGCCUAUCAAAUUUAUAUUCUGGGAUAAAUGCGUCUGCAAUAACAUUUGACCACGCGAAGUUGAGAGCCGAGAACUCGCAAAUCUAAAGGAUGGCAUUACUAGGAGUUGGUAUGGUGUUUCGUUUAUCUUACAAGAAAAAUGUCACAUUGUGUGCGUUGAUUGUUUUGGGGGCAUUUAUUUCUGGCGUGAAAUGCAUCGGUCAAUCCUGUUCCAGCUCAAGCGAUUGCGGAUAUUCGGAAAAGUGUUGCAGACAGACUUCAGUUGGGAUUUGUCACCUCAAGAGAGAAACUUGCCUCGGUGAUUACUGCUCUUCCAACACUCAGUGUCCACGUAACUCGGUAUGCUGUAGAUCCAGAUGCGUUCCCGGCAACAAUUGCAUCGGUCGCUCCUGCGUGCUACAGUCGUCAUGUGGUUUCGAUGAAUCAUGCUGUAAUGAUUUGUGUGUUUUCGGGAAAGAUUGUCAUGGUCAAGGCUGUACUGAUAACUUUGACUGCUCUGGUGGUCAAGCGUGCUGUAGUCAGAAGUGUACAAACGGCACGAAUUGCAUCGGUCGGUCCUGUUCGAAGGAAAGCGAUUGUCAAAUUUCAGAAAGCUGUUGUAGUGGGACUUGUCAAGGUUCAGAUUGCAAUCUAUACAUCAUCAUAGGAGUUACCGCAGCAUGUGUAGUUACUGUCAUUGCUGUUAUCAUAAUCUUCGGCUAUUUUUAUAACCGGAGGCGGCAACAACGUUUAAUGGCAUUCUCCAACGUUCCUUUCGGGCACUUAGCAGAAUGCACCACAUCUCACCUCCCGCAAACGGCCAAUAAUAACUUCCAACAGCCCCCACCAGGGUACACAGCAAGUGUAACACCGCCGCAGUACACAUUAACAACAAGCUAUGGAUCCAGCGGAAUGAAUGCCACUCCAAAACCCUCUGUUACUUCCCCACAUCCUCAAUGAAGUUUGCCUGUCUUGUGAUCACCUGAUGGAAUACGACUCAGUUUAUGACGCUUUAUUACACCGGCGUCCUAAUCUACUUACUAGGGACUUAAGAUUCGAGGACGGCGACGGCAACGGCGACAACAACGUCGCUUAAAAAGUGCAUUAGCAUUUUUUCGGUCUUAAUUUCAAUUAUUCCAUUUCACUUUCUGUGUCAAAUGUAGGCGAAAUCUACUGGAGUUGAAUUCCUAAGAAAAGAGAAGGAAAAUUUGGUCUUCGUUUGUUUUUGUCCUUUAUAAAACCUGAAAAUAGAUAUUUUCCCGUCGUGGUCGUGCGUCGACGGCAAAGAAAUGUAGAAGAAAGAAAGUGUGCUGCACGUGCAAAGCUGCUGUUGUUGUUGUUUUUUUUUUUCAGAACCCAUUGAUUUUCUGACGCGUUCUCGUCGCUGUCGCUGUCGUCCGAUCUCAGGCUGUGUUCACUUUACCGGAUAGCUUCUUAGCCAGCACAAAACUUUACCAGAUAGGGCUUAUGUUCAAACAAAGAACGGCACAAUUUCUGUAACGGAGCAAAGCUGCGCCGGGUCGAUCUCUAAAGUACAGUCACAUAAGGGACUUGUCAGAAAUUAGGAGGGGGGGAGGGGGGGUGGAAACAGAGGGAGGGUCACAACUUUUUGAGACUCAGAAAAGGGAGGGGUAAUGAAAAAUGGGCCGUUAAAAGGGGGAGGGUCAUGCAAAUAUAGGCCCGUGAUCAUGUAGAGGUUCACCUGCAGAAGAAAAAGGAAGUUCUUUAUUUGGUAAAAAAAAAAGAAAAAAAAUUAAAGAACAACGGAGCAUUAUGGAUAUAAACUGUGAAGUACUAUUGCAAGAAUUUAACAAACAUCUACUUUUCAUUUAUUACACGGCAAUGCUAUAGAGUCUUAUUGCAUUUUUAUUAUGAAUAACUGGGUUGUUAUUAAUGUUAUUAGAAUUUUGGCUAUCCUUUUCAUCACUGUCUUCAGGGUCACCAUCAAUGCUGCUGUCAUCAUCAUUUUUGUCAUCAGCAUUGAUACAAUCACUUUCAUCAUCAUGAUACAAUCACUUUCAUCAUCAUCAUGAUUUUCAUUUAAGUUCAAGCUUGGAUAUUGCUUGAAAAUAAGUUCCUGUUAUUCAUUGGUGAACAACCCUCCUCAAAGGCGUAUUGGGCAUAGGGCCUUUGUGUUUUGAGGAGCCCACUUAUUCCUUCAUAAUGAAGAGAUAAUGGGCCAAUAGGUUCUGUAACAUUAUGCGACUCUUGCUGAGGUGCAAUGGUUUCAAUAACCUUUUUGCAGUUAGCUUCCAUUCUUUUUGUCCUAGCUUUCUUUUGCUUUCCUUUUAUUUUGUUUUUGUUUCCUUUUUUUUCUUGUUGGCUCGGAAUACUGCACCUUAAAGAGCCUGGAACAUUUUUCUUUCAAUUCUUUAGGUGGGGAGGGUCAUGCUAUUUUAGGCCAAGCUUAAGGGGAGGGUUUGCAAAUUUCACUCCCAUUGGAGGGAUGGGUCACCUAAUUUGCGAACCCAAAUUUAAAAUUCCCACCCCCCUCCCCCCCUGCUAAUUUCUGACAAGUCCCUAACGGAUAAGUGUUCAUUCAUACUAUACUGGAUAGCUUUUGGUGUCGGCACGAAAACUGAACUAUCCAUUAUAGUGUGAACAUAGCCUUAAGGUCCCUGGUAGCUACAUGGUAAGCGGUACGCUGUAAGUAAUAACGUCAAGAAAUACAUGUAUUCCCUAAGUGAGAAAUAAAUUUCCAAAAUGAACGCGCGUGUAGUUGUGAUAUCCUCGUCCCUUACAAUAAAGGCCCUAAAGCAAACCAAGCAUGCCAUCGAUGAUAUUUGCAAGCAGCUGAAAUGUUUCCGCCGUAGCAAUAUCAGGAAUUAGGCCUGUAGCUAUAUCAAAAGCCGUUCUUUCAAUACCGGGUAAUGGUUCACAUGGAAACGAUGGCAAUUUGCUGACUCAUAGACUUCAUGUUACUGCGAGAAUCACUCAAUGCCGGGAGGUUUAACGCUCUAACAAUUUCAUUUUGUUUUUGUCUCUUUCGAAGAAUAAUGGGUAUUCUCAUCAUAUGAAAAACGAGAAUAGAAGUUAAGUGUCUGCGAUCAAUCCCAACAACUAUUCUGUAAAAUACUAAAUAAAAAGCCAGUAGUGAGGUCUGUACUUUGUCUUGAAAAGUGGUUUACUUUUCUGGAAAUACGGAAGGCGGAUACAGGUGGCUCUGACGUCAGAAAAAGCCUAUCAAAUCUAUAUUCUGGGAUAAAUGCGUCUGCAAUAACAUUUGACCACGCGAAGUUGAGAGCCGAGAACUCGCAAAUCUAAAGGAUGGCAUUACUAGGAGUUGGUAUGGUGCUCUGUUUAUCUUACAAAUAAAAUGUCAUAUUGUGUACUUAGUAGACUGUUUUGGGAGCAUUUAUUUCUGGCGUGAAGUGCACAGCAACGGUGAAUCCUGUUCCAGUUCAAGCGAUUGCGGAUAUUCCGGAGAAAGUGUUGCAGACAGACUUCAGUCGGGAUUUGUCACUUCAAAACAACACCUCGCCUCGGUGAUUACUCAGGGGCACCCAACGUCAAUUUUCGGAAAAUAUCUGUUCGGAAGACGAUUUGAGAUCGAGAAUUUUCGGAACAUUUGUUGUAAAAUUUCUUGCUAGCCUGCCUCUCUUGGGAUUUUCGAACAUCUAAAAAAUGGUAUAAUUGCCCAUUUUUAACGAAUUUUUGUCCUAAAAAGGUCACCUAGAAUGUUCGCGAGCCUUUUUUCUGGCUGAAAUUUUCGAAAAGAUAAGUUUUGAUCCCUACAAUUUUUUGGAUCACUAGACUUUCAGCUGGGAGAUUCGAACAGAUAAAAAUUUUUAGGGGGUAACAACAUGCCUAUAUCUACCGUUUAAAUACUAAAAUACGUUUACAAUGCUAUGUUUAAGUAGUUUUUGACUAUAUUCUCGUUGGGUGCCCCUGAUCACUGCUCUUCCAACACUCAGUGUCCGCGUAACUCGGUAUGCUGUUGUAGCAAAGGCGUUCCACGCAAAAUUUGCAUUGGUCGCUCCUGCGUGCUACAGUCGGGAUGCGGUUUCGAUGAAUCAUGCUGUAAUGAUUUGUGUGUUUACGGGAAAGAUUGUAGUGGUCAAGGCUGUACGUAUGACUUUGACUGCUCUGGUGGUCAAGCGCGCUGUGGUAAGUAGUGUAAAAAUGACGAAAUGCAAUCAGAACAUCAUCAUACCUGUUACCGCAGCACGUGCAUUUAUUGUCAUUGUUGUUAUCGUAGUCUGCGGCUAUUUUUAUAAUCGGAGGCGGCAACAACGUUUAAUGGCAUUCUCCAACGUUCCUUUCGGGCACUUAACAGAAAGCACCACAUCUUACCUCCCGCAACCGAUCACCAAUCCCUUUCAACAGCACCCACCAGAGUAAACAGCAAGUGUAACACCACCGCAGUACACAUUAACAUCAAGCAAUGGAUCCGGCGAAAUGAAUGCCACUCCAAAAGCCUCUGUUACUUCCCCACAUCAUCAAUGAAGUUUGCCUGUCUUGUGAUCACCCGAUGGAAUACGACUCAGUUUAUGACGGUUAAUUACAGCGGCGUCCUAAUUUACUUACUAGGGACUUAAGAUCCGAGGACGGCGACGGCAACGGCGACGAAAACGUCGCUUAAAAAGUGAAUUAGCAUUUUUUCGAUCUUCAUCUCAAUUAUUCCAUUUCACUUUCUGUGUCAAAUGUAGGCGAAAUCUACUGGAGUUGAAUUCCUAAGGAACAUAUCUAAAGGCCAUAAAGAGAAGGAAAAUUUGGCGUCCACGCCGUAAAGAGAAGGAAAAUUUGACCGUCGCUUAAUCAUGUCCUCCAUAAAUCGUGAAAAUAAACAUUUUCACGUCGUGGUGGAGUGGUAACGAUAAAAAUAUGUACAAAAAAGUGUGCUGCACGUGCAAAGCUGUUGUUAGGUAGUGUUGUAGUCUGCAUAGCAAGCGUUUCCACGCGAGUUUGUUGAGAAAGUUGGGGCAAGAGCAAAAAACAGGGUUCAUACUCUUUUGAGGUCUUCAAAUUCAUGACUUUCCAUGACUUUUUCCAUGCCCUUUCCACUUUUUCCAUGACCUUAGGUUUAGCUGCCACGUUAAAUAUUUCUCAACAACAACAACGAGCUUUAUUUGCAUGCAUACAAGCACAUACAGUAUUGCAAAAGCUGUGUUUAGGAAUCAAAAUUACAACACAGGGUAAUUACGUUACUUUGAUAAUAAUUUGUUACGAACAUCAAAACAAGCUAAAUUAUAUUUUAUGAAUUGUAUAUUGAUAAAGUAAUAAGAAGAGUUCAUCAGUUCAUUGAUCAAACCGUUUAUAGGUAACUGGGUAAUAUCCGGAAUUAGACUCUUGACUUUAUGGUAAAAUUUAUUCCUAAUCAUAGAGUAUGUAGGACAUUGGAAAAGAAAGUGAACUUCGUCUCCUAUUACAUUGCAUCUACAAAAAGGGCAAUGCCUAUUAUCCUUCGCAGUUUUACUAAAGCCCUUCUCCCAGCUGUUCCUCUUCUUAAGUCUAAGUAACUAGAGGAGGUAUGAUCGGUUUUAAAAGAUCUACAAAAUUCAAGUUUUUGAGAAUGUUGAGGGGUGUUUUGCCAAUAUGAGAUAUAUUCCUGUUUCAUUGAACUUACAUAGCUUUUUACCAUAGCUGUAUCUAAUAAAUCAGGGUUAAAGUCAGGAAGCUUAAAGUGUUGUGAUAUAUUCAUAAAAUGAGAGCGGAAGCUAUUUUUGCCAUUACAGUGUAAGUCGAAUGACAAUAAAAACGCUUGUUUGACGAGAAAUUCCUCAUCUUUAGACUGUAUAUACAAAAUGUAUUUGAGAAUUUUUUGACUGAUAGUGAUAUUUAAAGGAAAACGACCAAGCUCUGCUCUACAAGCUAUAUUAGAGGCUUUGUUGUUUACCUCCGAGUAUCGCUUACAAAAUUGAAGGUGUGCCUUCUAGAUUUGUGAGCCUUCCCAGGUCUUAAAAUCUCGUUUGGCAUACACACUCCAAAUUUCACUGUUAUAUGUUAGAAUAGGGGAGAUCAUAGUAUCAAAUAUUUUACAGGCGAGAGCUGCUUUUAGUUUGCUUAGAUUCGUGUGUCGUCUCAAGCUGAAGAGGGCAUGAAGAGCUUUCUCCUUGAGAUGUUCACGUGACUGAAAAAUGUCCCAAUGAGGACAUUCGAGUUCCUAAGUAAGUGUACUCUUGUACAACAUCAAUUAUUUGACUAUCUAUGAGAAAGUGAAAAUCACCUUUUUUUCUCGCACGUUUCUGAAAAACCAUAAUUCUUGUUUUCUUGGGAUUGAUUUUCAUCAUCUAUGAAGUACAGAAUGAAGAUAGUUUAUCGAGGCAAUCUUGUAGUUCUGUUGUGGAUCGUGAUAAAAUGAUUAAAUAGUCUGCAUAUAUAUGAGAAUUUAGUUUUGCACCGUUUGGCAAAGCAAAAGGAUCAGAUAAUAUAUUUUCAAAUGCGAAAGGUAGGUCGUUAAUAUGAAGAUUAAAAAGCAGUGGACUUAAGAUACAGCAUUGCCGCACACCUCUCGCAUAACGGAAUGAUCGCGUUUGUUUUUGGGCAAUUUUAAUCGAGCAGGAAGAGUUGUGAUAUAAGUUUUUAAUUUAGUUAUAAAAAGAACCACCUCCAUCAAUUUGCAGCAGCUUAUUCAAGAGCCCGUCAUGCCAGACCGAGUCAAAAGCGUCUUUGAAAUCUACAAAACAAGCAUAGAUCUUUUCGUUGUGAUUAUGAGCGUACUUAUCUAUCAAGGUUCGGAGAGUGAAGACGUGGUCUGCUGUGCGGUUAUUCGGUAAAAAGCCAAUUUGAGAUUUGUGGAGUAUAUUCAAAGAAACGAUAUACUCGAAAAGUCGUUGGUUUAAGAUAGAACAAAAUAGUUUUCCCAGGCAGCUGGAGACACAGAUACGCCGGUAGUUUGCCGGAUCGCUUCUUCCGCCCGAUUUAUAAAUGGGAGUGAUAAGACCACCACAUCAAGUCUGUGGCAUGGUCCCUUGGUUAAGAAUUGAAUUAAAUAGUUUUUCAUAUACGGGCAUCAGUGUAUCAAUACUAGCUUUUAUCAUUUCAUUUCUAAUUUUAUCCGAAAAUGGUGAUUUAUUAUUCUUUAACUUUUUCGCAGCUUUACGCAUUUCUCUUUCAGUUAUCAUGAAAUCUAAAGGACGAGAGUGUUAACCAUGGCAUUCAUUUUGUCGUAGCUCAUUGCAAAUGUUUUGCUGUGCUGGGUUAAGAGGUUCAUUUGAAUGAAGAUUGUGGAAAUAUUGUAGCCGAUUUUCUUCCGAGAUUGAUGGAACAUCCUCUCCUUUUCUAGUGUCGUCCUUCGAUUUGAGGCAUUGCCAGAAAGGUUUCGCGUCUGAAUUGUCUCAGUUUUUUCUAGCUCAGAAAUCUUGGCAUUGUAAUAAUCAUUCUUUUUAGAAUUAAGUAAUUUCUUGUAUUGGGCCAGAGUAUCAUGGUAUUGCUCACGUAUGGUAUAGUAUUAAAAGGGUCUCGAUGUUCCUGUUUGCUAGUUUUCGUAAUUCAUGCCUUUUCAAACGACAUUCUUUAUCGAACCAUUUUUUGUUUGAUAAUGAUUUGAUACGCUUACACGUUUUACCUGCUCUUAUCUUUAAACAACACUUAGCCGUUGCGAUUAAAAUGUUUUCCACCUUUUCGAGGGAUAGCUCAGUAUUUUCAUUGAAUGUGUCGCCGGCAAUAUAAUCGCGUGUUAGUGUUUGUAUACAGGGAGACCUCAGAGCAUCCUUGAAUUUUUGAGCGGAGUCGUUUUCCCACAGAAAUUGUUUCGGUAAACGCGUUGAAGUAUCUCCUUCAAGUAUGGUGGGAUUGUAACUCGUCUUUUUGUUAAUAUUCAGCCAAGUAGUAAUAGGGCUAUGGUCUAACAAAUGCAGUGGACCUUUGACUACAAAAUUUGCAACGUGUGAUAAAAGACCCUGGUCACACACUACGUAGUCAACUACACUCACUCACUCUUACCAAAUUUCUUCUAAAUCUUUUAACUUUUACUCAACUAUGACCGGAACUGAGAAACUAAGGAAAGAAAACCAAGCGUUACGAAAAGAAAUUUUAACAUCUAGAGAAUCAACUGAAGAAAAUCACUAACGUUCAAUUAGUCAAACAUGUCAAAAAACAACAAUCUUGCUUAUUAGUUUCUACUUUUACAAUUUAUUUAUUUAAUUCUGUGUUUCUCCAGUCUGUAAUUUUAUUUGGUUAUUAAUAAAGUUUUCAAAAGUAGGUUGAGUUUGAUCGUCCGGGUGAACGUAGUCCUGAAUAGGACUGUUGUCGACAGUAACUCACGUUUCGACAACCUGUGCGGUAGUCAUCUUCAGAAUCAAAGUGAGUUGUAUCACGUCAGUUGAUGGUAUUAUACUCUGGUUAUUGAUCUGAUUGGUCAAUUACGUCGCGAUGUUUCUGCUCUACGUAAAAAGCAAAGUCUUCAGUCAAUUUAAAAAAAUGGGUCAAUUAAAAGAUUUGUGGUUAAAAUUAGUCAAGUCAAGAGCUCUUAAGUCUCACUGUCACUCACUUCCUUAAAUUUCUGAUAGCGCUUGUUAAAUUUUAUGCAAGUUCAAUACAGGUAAUAAAUCAAUUGAAAAUUCUGCAGUACAGCUUCCACAUUAUAUUAAAUCAAUCAAGAUUUGUGGUUAAAAUUAGUCAAGUCAAGAGCUCUUAAGUCUCACUGUCACUCACUUCCUUAAAUUUCUGAUAGCGCUUGUUAAAUUUUAUGCAAGUUCAAUAGACGUAAUAAAUCAAUUGAAAAUCCUGCAGUACGGCUUCCGCAUUAUAUUAAAUCAAUCAGUGGUUCAAUUUACACUGGAUCCGAAAAGAGUGACCCUAUUUUAACAAUGAAUUAUCUUGGCAACGUCAUAGGGUUUACCGAUCUUUUAUCGCUUAUUGAGGCCAUUAAAAAGUGGUUUAUAUUUCUGUAAGUAAGUAAGGCGGAUACAGGGGGAUCUGACGUAAGAAAACGCCUAUAAAAUAUACAUAUUUUUCCGUGAUAAAACCGUCUGAGGCAACAUUUCAUCAAGCGAAGUCGAGAGGCGAGAACUCGCAAAUCUAAAGGAUGGCAUUACUAAGAGUUGGUAUGGUUCUCUGUUUAUCUUGCAAGAAAAGAGACAUAUUGCGUACGUUGAUUGUUUUGGGGGCAUUUAUUUCUGGCGUGAAGUGCAUCGGUGAAUCCUGUUCCAGCUCGAGCGAUUGCGGAUAUUCGGAAAAGUGUUGCAGACAGACUUCAGUUGGGAGUUGUCGCUUCGAAACAACACCUUGCCUCGGUGAUUACUGCUCUUCCACAACUCAGUGUCCGAGUAACUCGGUAUGCUGUGAUUCCAGAUGCGUUCCAGGUAACAGUUGCAUCGGUCGCUCCUGCGUGCUGCAGUCGGAAUGCGGUCUCGAUGAAUCAUGCUGUAAUGAUGUGUGUGUUCAAGGGAAAGACUGUAGUGGUCAAGGCUGUACUAAUAACUUUGACUGCUCUGGUGGUCAAGUUUGCUGUGGUCAGAAGUGUAAAAAUGGCACGAGUUGCCUCGGUGAUUACUGCUCUUCCAACACUCAGUGUCCACGUAACGCGGUAUGCUGUAAUUCCAGAUGCGUUCCAGGCAACAGUUGCAUCGGUCGCUCCUGCGUGCUCCAGUCGGAAUGUGGUUUCGAUGAAUCAUGCUGUAAUGAUUUGUGUGUUUACGGGAAAGAUUGUAGUGGUCAAGGCUGUACUGAUAACUUUGACUGCUCUGGUGGUCAAGUUUGCUGUGGUCAGAAGUGU